AUGGGAACUUGCAGAAGUUCAACCCAUGGGAAAUUGUCAGGCAUGAUGCGGAAGUGGGUAAGCGGUGAUGUUGUACAAGCUCUUGCUUAUGAUGUGCAACGAAAAACAGAAUCAGUCUCCGCCUCUGGGAAGCAAAAGCUAGAGCAGAGGAUCUUAACCUUUUUCAGUUCAAAGAAGGAGAAUAUGAAUUGGCUGCACAGCUCCAUUAUCGAGCUCAACAGGCAGCCGAAAUGGUCAGACUUUCCAAGUAAAGUUGCUGUUCAAAUCAAUGACACACACCCUACUCUUGCAAUCCCCGAGCUCAUGCGAUUGCUAAUGGAUGACAAUGGGCUUGGAUGGGACGAAGCUUGGGAUGUGACAUCAAGGACCGUUGCUUACACCAAUCACACCCUCCUUCCUGAAGCCUUACAAAAACGGUCACAGUCUUUGCUGUGGAAGUUUCUUCCUUGUCAUAUGAAGAUCAUAGAAGAAAUCGAUAAGAGGGUGAAUGGUAUUGCUCAGUUGCAUAGUGAUAUCUUAAAGGCUGUGUUAUUCUCAGACUAUGUCUCUAUUUGGCCAAACAAGUUUCAAAACAAGACUAAUGGCAUCACACCUCGAAGGUGGCUUCGUUUCUGCAGGCAUGACUCAAUGACAUAA